GCAGGGUCACGGGCUUGCGCGGCUCAGCUGAUCGCUGCCGGGCGCUAUAAGGGACCGGCCGGGAGCGGGCGCGUUAGAGGCGCCGCUGACCAUGGCCGCGGUGGAUCUCGCCAAGGUGGGAGCCCACACGCUGAAGCACGCAGUGAGCGGGCAGGUGGUGGAGCUGCGGGCCUUGUGGCGGGACCAGCCAUGUGUGGUGCUCUUCCUGCGGCGGUUUGGCUGUCAGGUUUGCCGCUGGAUUGCCAAGGAGACCAGCAAACUGAAAGAUUUGCUGAACAGUCACAACGUCCGCCUGAUCGGAGUCGGGCCGGAGAGCGUAGGCCUGCAGGAGUUCAUCGAUGGGAACUACUUCAAAGGAGAACUCUAUCUUGAUGAGACUAAGCAGUGCUACAAUGACCUGGGUUUCAAAAGGUACAAUGCCUUGAGUAUAGUUCCUGCUGCUCUGGGGAAACCAGUUCGAGAAGUUGUCACGAAGGCAAAUGCGGACGGCAUCCAAGGGAACUUCAGUGGUGAUCUCUUGCAGAGUGGAGGAACAAUAAUAGUCAGUCAAGGUGGAGAGAAAUUGCUCCUGCACUUUAUACAGGAUUCACCUGGUGACUAUGUUCCCUUGGAAACCAUCAUCAAAACCCUUGGGAUCUCGGCAAGUGUUAAGGAGGGUGUGAAACCUCAGUGCGAUGAAGAGGCCUGUACCAGAUGAUGGAGAGGAGCAGGGAGCAAUUUCUUUAAGCAAGAAAGAAGCCAAUGUGGUGACCUUCUCUGUUCAACCACUUCAUAGCUGCUGUAAUCUCACCGCACUGUCUAUAGUCAUACUUUUGUAUAAUGGCCAAAUCACUGAAGUGUGAGUAAAUGCCCUAAAGCAAAGUGCUGUGUCAGGCUGUCUUGGAUGAGCAUAACAAAGCUUUCCCUGUUGCUCAACAUUGUAACCAAUAGCAGCUAGUUUGAUGGCUUUCCCAUUGGAUCAUUUUGAUCAGGUGACCGGUAGGUGUGAACAAGAGUAUCGUCUGAGGAUUUUGAGACAAGGAGAGCCUCUGGCUUCAUGGCCAGUGCUAAUAGUUUAUCGACUUCCCCUAUUAGCUUUCUUCCCUGGUUAGAAGUCCUUUCCACCCACAUUAUACUUGUCCUGCUCUGCAGAAACACUUCGUUAGCAAGUGGUGGUGGUGACUUAACUUUAUCUGUGUGAACACUUCACCCUUCUUAAAGGCAUUAAAACAGAAGAGCCUUACAGAUAACUGUGGGCAGAGUACCUGAACACACUUCUAAAGCUGGGCCAGUGUCAGCUUGGUCAGAGGGCAGCUUAAACCAGUGUCUUAGCUGAAGUAGGCUGUUGAAUACAUACCCUGGGGUGCAACAGCAGGUGGAGAUCAUGCUGCUGCAUGCACCCAGCAUGCUUUUUCAUCUAAUAAGAGCCAAGACUAUGUACUCUAUCUGAGGCUGGUGUCCAAAUAGACUCUUUACUCUAGCUUCAACCUAAGCUACAGUAAAAGUGGACUAAAGAUUUUUUUCCUUAGUGCAGAGAAAUAGAUUUUGUAGGUAAAUAUUUAAUAGGCACCACCUGCCAUUCAAAAGACUGAGGAAAGCCCAGCAGCCCUAUCUUCCUUCCAUCUCCCUACUUAUCCCUCACAAUCUUCCUAAUGAUGAAACUUUAACACUAGCCUUAAAUAAUCCUUAUGUCUCAGGAAAACUCCUGGAUAUGAGCCUCUAUGGUCAUCAAAUCCAGGCUCCGAGGAGCAAAGAAUACCAGAGUCCAGAGAAAGCACUGAUGCCUUCCUUCUCCUAAAGUCAGCGUGCAUUAGCUGAUGAGCUUGGAGCAAGGUCAGCUAUUGGGUCAGCUAGGUGCAUUUAAAGAGCCAUAUUCUAACUGCAGACACACCCAAGAGUAGGCAUCUCAUGCUGAUGAUGGAGUUAACCUUCAACUGUCCUCAUUUUCUGUUGUGUGAAUUAAUUGCAAUAGGUUUCCUGGUCUGGAAAAGGUGAGUAAGUGGAGAUGGACAAUAAACACAACAAAUAAAGUGACUAUUAUUCUACCUGCAACUGUACACAAAUGAUUUAAUAAGCUGAUUUGUCAGAGUACUUAACACUCCUUUGUAAUUAGUCACUUAAUUAAAAACAGUGUAGAAAUAGGAAACACUCAGAAAGACCAGCUUGACUAUUGUACACAUUAAUGAUGCACACAAUAUGAUGAUGCACACAUUAAUGAUGUACACAAUAUGAUGUAGGUUAAUUUCCUGUGAUCCCAGCAUAACAUAUACAGCAUCUCACCUGUCAAAACUUGAGGGUGAUACUUUAUUUCUACUCUGACUUCUGCCAAGAGAAGGUCCCUAGCCUGAAGAGGUUGCAACUUCUGAACUAGGACCAAUUGCAAACCUUGUCUAGUCAUAGAUUCCAAAGGCCAGAAGGGACUAUUGUAAUCCUGUAGUCCUGACCUCCUUGAUAACACAAGCCAUAGGCUUCCCCCAAAUAAUUCCUAGAGCAGAUCUUUAGAAACAUCCACUCUUGUCACAAUAUGAAUAUCUUAAAUCUUACACUGCAUCAUCUAUGCAAUUCUGGUUAAUUUAUCAGCAGUGCAGAAAAGCACUCAGGGCUCUACCACCAUCAAAGCAAAGUUUUAAAGAAGCAGGUUUUGGUUUUUGUUUUUUUUAAAAUAGUGAAUGAAAAUAUUUUGCAAGCUGUGUAAUGUAGAGCUGAGACAUCUGUGUUUUGGUGCUAUACCAGUGCCUUGAGCUUUGUAUAUAGGUACAGCUUUCUAAUGGUGGGGAGGAGAAAAGCUCUGAGUACUUGGCCUGGAACUUCAUGAAAUGAGAGAAGAAGAGAUCUGGUUAAUUUUUUAAACUGUAGCUGCAGUAGCAUGCUGUAUGGUUCCCAUUGUAUAUUGAGUCACAAAGUGCUGAUUAGAAAUGGAUUCUAAUUUAAUAUACACCAGGCGUAAGAACUGUAUGUUAGCCGAGGAGUUAACAAAUGUGUUAUAUCUUGGUGCUUUAAUUUUAACAAGUGAAGGGGCUAUCCUUCACUGUUUUCUUCCCACUAAACCACCUUUAUGGUGUUAAAUCAUCUGCUUUAUCUUAAUUGAACAUCUAACUGCCAAGAAAAUGAGAUCCAGCUUCCUAACAUUAAGAGUAAUUGAAACUUGCCAACUACACACAGAUUUUUAUUGUGGUAGGUGAAUACUUCACUUUAGCUGCAUCAUGCCCAGUAUUUUAUUAUCUAAGUUAAUUGAACGAGCCCUACCUCGCUGUAAGUGACCAAGUGCCUUCAGCUACUAGCUGACAGGAAGUAGAUGUGUGGUGUUAAACUACAGUAAAACCCAGAGGUCCCCCAAUGAUUUCUCCCUGAAAACUAACAUGGAAGAGACCGCAGGAGAGAGUGCCUGGCAGCCAGGUUCUGCAGCUGUCAUUUCAGUAAGUAGACUUUUUAGGUUACUGACUCAAUGAGGAAGGUUUUUUUAUACAUUCUACAGCAGGAGGGGGGAGGCAAAUUUUCUUUUUUAAAAAAAGGCUAGAGAAGCUUGUUUCUAGAUUCAUCUGAUUGGUUUCAUGACUCUAGACUGGAGCCAGAUUUUAAAGUCCAGAUCCUCAAAUAUAUUUAGGCUCCGAACAUGCAUUGAUUCCCCCCUCCCUGGGAGUUAGGCACUCCAAGCCAGACUUUCAAAGGCAUUUAAUUCUACCAGCCUCAUUAAAUGGCUUGAAUCUGGCUGUAGAUUUUCCUUUCUUAGUUGCAUAGCUCAUUUAGGUCUAAACACUCCAGCUAGAACUGUACAUGGUUGGGUCCUAAACCCCCAUUUUCUCCAGCUGAUGUGUAUAUAAAUACCAAACCCAGGAGCUUUAGGUAGCAUUCUCAUGUAUGCUCUCGCUACCUCGGUCUGAGCAAGUGUCAAUAAUGGAUAUGGUGCUUGUUUGAUAUCCAGUAUGUAAUACAGCUAAGUAUGAAAAUAGCCCAUGCUCAGUGAAUAGCAGCAUGCUACUAGGCCUUAAUCCUGUCCUUGUUUAUACCUCCUGCAAUACCAGCGUGCGUAGCCAGUCCUAGGUGGUGCUGAGCACCAUCACCUUCUCUUGAGGAUUAGGCCCUAACUGAUGGUACAAGGUGCUUAUGGACAUAAGGGAAGGCAACUGCCCAUGUUACUAAGGCAUUCUCUCUUCUAUACACUGCUCCUAUGGACUUUGUGGUACAUAGGAGAGAAAAUAGACCCUGAGAAAGCACAAGGUCUCUGAGUUGGGGAGGGAGGGGGUAAGGGCAGAUAGGUUUGUCAUUAAAUAAACUCUUCUAAUCUAGAAAUUCAAACUAAAUGAAUUAGGGGUUUUCUGCUGUAGUAGAUGCUCUCAAUUUGUAGAUGAACUUCGUUUUGCCAGGAGAAGAUAUAGACUUUAAGGUCAGAAGGGACCAUUAUGAUCAUCUAGUCUGACCUCCUGCACAAUGCAGGCCACAGAAU